AUGGGCAAUGUCAGCCGCGAGAAAAAUAUGUCAAAUAUUAGCACCACUUCUCAACAAUCAACUGAACCAAGUCUUCUGACCGUAUUUGGUUUCAUAAAGUUACCACUGGAAUACGAAGUCGAAAAAGAUGUCGCCAUGAGUUUUGUAGCUUUAAUGUCCUUCGUUGCCAUCAUAGCGAAUGGAAUUUUAUUAUUUGUGAUUAUUAAAGAUCCGUUCAAGCAAUUGCGAACAAUUACAGCAAUGUUGCUGGCAUUUAACUCGGCGACAAAUUUAUGCAAUUCCUUCCUGUUAUUUCUUGACAAUGUAUUUUAUUGGUCUAACGAAAAACUUUCUCCAGAAUUGAUUAUAUAUUUCGGUUCAUUUACUACGUGUCUGUACGUUAUUGGUAACUUGUUACAUACAGUGAAUAUAUAUGGUGCGAUUGUUAUUCCUGUCCGUUAUGCUAUAUUGGCACCCAAAGUACGGAGGUAUUUGGCACAAUAUUUAGUUUUAACCUGGGUGGUAAUUGUAUUAGUGGUCAUCAUUACUCCUUAUACUUUAUCAAAUGACAAUUUAUCCACUUAUGCUAAAGGUAUAUUAACACUGAUGUGUGUUCUGCUUGCCUUGUUGGCGAUAAUAUUUGGCUACCUUUAUACCAAAUUAUUUCAAUCUUUACACGCACAAAACCGAAGAUAUUCUUUAGCUUAUCAUCUCAAACGUUCAACAGUUCGAGGUCGGAAAAUAAAGAAAAAGAAUAAUAAUAUCGUCAAGACAUUAUUUGUUCAAGUUUUGUUCUUUAUGAUGACUACAGUUCCUGGCAGUAUUAUCCUUCUAGCUUACCUUCAUUGUGCAACAUGUGACCUUGUCAAGCUUCGCCUUGCAACUCUCUUCACCAUCCCAAUAAUUUUUUCCUCAGUGGCGUUCUUACCGCUCCUCUGGCUAUUCAGAUUGAACAACUACAAACAGGCAAUGAUCAAAACACUCAGUUCGUGGCGAAGAAGGUCCAAAACGUGCGAGAUUCAGGGGACUAAAGGAUCGAGCUUAUAG